AUGGCAAACCCAGAGCAAGUGAAUCAAAUGGUUUUCACAGAAUUCAUCCUACGAGGAUUUGGGAAUCUCCCUGAGCUACAAACUCUUCUCUUCCUGCUGUUUCUCAUUAUUUACAUCGUGACCAUGGCUGGGAACAUCCUGAUCUCUGCGCUAGUUGUGACAGAUCAGCACCUUCACGCCCCCAUGUACUUCUUCCUGGGGAACUUGUCCUGCUUGGAAACCUGCUACACCUCCACCAUCCUGCCCACGGUGCUGGCUCGUCUCCUGACUGGGGACAGGACUAUUUCAUUCAAUGGGUGUGUCACACAAUUUUAUUUCUUUGCUUCUGUGCUUGCUACAGAAUGCCUUCUCCUGUCGGUGAUGUCUUACGAUGGAUAUUUAGCGAUAUGCAAUCCACUGCAUUAUGCAGCCCGUAUGAGUGGCAGGGUCUGCCUCCAACUUGCAGGUGGCUCUUGGAUAGGAGGCUUCCUAUGUAGUGGCAUAUCAACAUUGUUGAUAUCUCAUUUAACAUUCUGUGGCCCCAACAUUAUUGAUCAUUUAUUUUGUGAUUUUAUCCCCCUUGUAAAGCUCUCCUGCAAUAACCCUCACCUGAUGGAAACAUUGGCUUUCACACUCACUUUCCUUUCCUCACUGGUCCCAUUCCUACUUACCUUGAUGUCCUGUAUCUGCAUCAUCGUCACCAUCCUGAGAAUCCCAUCCACCACCAGAAGGGAACAGGCCUUUUCCACCUGCUCCUCCCACCUCAUCGUGGUGAACAUUUUUUAUGGAACUCUGCUGAUUGUGUAUAUGUUCCCAACCACCAACAUCCUGAGUGACUUCAAGAAAGUUCUGUCUGUUAUCUACACAGUCCUGAUUCCCCUGGUCAAUCCCCUCAUCUACAGCCUGAGAAAUAAGGAGGUCCAGGAGACCCUGAGGAAAGCUUGCAGGAAAUUCAUGUUUGGACCAUGCGAACCAGUCAGUUUCUUUUGGUUAAAAUAG